GAAAGGACGUAAACAGAAAAUUACAAUAAAUUUAAUUAAAGUAAACUUACUCUCUAAUCAUGAGUAACCGUAAUCCAAAUACUUUGAUGAGUGUUCCAGACGAACAGUUUGACUAUCUAUUUAAAAUUGUAUUAAUUGGAGACUGUGGCACGGGGAAAACAUGCAUUGUGCAACGAUUGAAAUCGGGGAAUUUCAUCGAAAGACACGGGAAUACGAUAGGCGUUGACUUUUCUAUGAAAACACUAAUAGUAGAUGGAAAGAAGGUCAAGUUGCAAAUAUGGGAUACUGCCGGUCAGGAGCGCUUUAGGACAAUCACCCAAAGCUAUUAUCGUUCUGCAAAUGGAGUAAUUAUUGUGUACGAUAUUACGAAGCGGUCGACGUUUUUAUCCCUCCAAAAAUGGAUUGAAGAGGUGAGGCGGUACACAUCGUCGAAUGUGAUUGUGUCACUGAUUGGCAACAAGUGUGAUUUAGCUGAACAACGGGAGGUAGAGCCAGAUGAACCAAAAUCCUUCUGCCGAUAUGUGCCAGAGAUCAUGUUCGUGCUGGAGACAUCCGCAAAAGAUAAUACUAAUGUUGAGGACACAUUCCGGAGCUUAGCCACAGAAUUAAAGAGGCAACAUGACAACAGUGAAGGACCGCCAGCAGAGUCCGACUCAGUAGUCCUCGGAGAGAGCCACUCUGUAAGCAGAUGUCAACCAUGUCGCUCAUCCUAGACCACCCAGGUAUUUUGUAACGAAACAUUGUCACAAUCUAGGCUAUGUAAUUUGAUACCUUUGAAUAUUCAGGUCUCUUUAUUAGUUCAGUUUUUUAAACCUUACUUUCUUACUUUUAGUUUUAUAAAAACAAUAAAUUUUUUAUCAUAUCUAGUAAAAACUAAGAAAGAAAAACUGAUAUAAACUGGAGUAGACGGUGCCGCUUCCACGCCGCCGCGGCUUUACGCGUCUCGUGUACACAUAGCCUCCUGAGUCCUGACAGCAUUUGUUUUAUUCAUGAUCUUGGAACCUUUUGGAACUCAUUAAAAGUACAAAAUAAAUUUUGGAAUAUGUACAAAAAUUUGUACAGUCAGCCAAAAAAGUGGUUUACCACUUUUCGACCUUAUGUGUUUCAAAUAGAGUCGAAAAGUGGUAAACCACUUUCUUGGCUGACCGUACAUGAAAACUGAGGAGGAUAUCGCGAAGGUGCGGCGGCGGCACGGAGGCGGCACCGUCUCCUCGCGCCCUAAAUGAUUUUGACAUCUGAAUUCUUAAUGAUUUAGUUCAGUAAAUAAUUGAUAAAAUGCUAUUACCAUGAAGAAUUUAUGUAAAAUCGCCAUCUAUAGAACAAUGAGGCCUGAUAAUUAACAAUCAUUUUGAGAUUAACACAUUUACAGUAUUUUUUUAUUCUUCUAACGUGCCUUUAGACAAGAAAUCUGAUUAGUUGAAGGGAUGGAUUAGUUUUUAAUGAGUUCUUAUAAGCAUUAAACUGGAUUGGAUAUUUCCAUAAAUUUACCUGAAUUUAAUUUAUGCAAAUAUAGUAACAUUUGAUUUGUUUAUAUAUAAAAUUAAUUAUUUUGCUCCAUUUGCAUCGUCAUUUACAAUAUAUUUACUUACAAUCUUUAUUAAGAACUAUAUUUUGUAUUAAUAGUAUGGACGAUAAUAUAGCAGCUAAUAAAUCAAAUGAAGUCAAGCAUAGCAAGAUUAGCAACUGUUACACUUCAUACUUUCACUAGGAAAGUAAAUUCCAAGCUGAUUGGUAUUAAUUAGAUGUUAUAGAUAACCAUACAACUCGGUUUCUAUGGGCUUGCCAUUUUGUUAUGAUGAAAUUAUCACACUAUUACAGUCUUGGUGUAAAAAAAAAAACCUUUUUUGGUUUACUUAAUCAUUUUGACAUAAAAACAAAUCAAGUAAAGGUCAGAAGACUUUAAUGACAUUUUGAAAUCUCGUUUUCUUGGUAAUGUAUUUUACUUUAUAGUCAUAUAGUCACUGUUUUACUUUUAGUCGGUGCUCAUAAUAAUGAUCUUUUAUUUUAUUUAGUUGAAGGAUUUAAUUAUAUGAGUAGAUUUGCUCAUUUGGUGGUUAUAUUAGAAUUAAGAAAUAAAGGUCAUCUAAAAUAUAUUGGUAUGGAACCCUAAAAAGGACGCUUAUCACUAAAAAUUUAGUACAUUGACGUUUAUAGACUGUUCCUAUCUCUAUUGCACGCAUACAAUUAAGAAAAUUACUGUGGUCAACGAUACUGAGCGCAUGAGACAACAAUUUUAUGUUAAAUUAAGUAAUUCUAUUAUAUAUGUAGGUAUAAUUAAUUAUACGAGUGUGACAGGGAUAGGAACAGGCAAGGUCAAUGUACGGAAUUCUUCGUGCUAAGUAUCUUUUCUGUAGGUACCAUCAGUUUCGAUAUUGUAAUAUAUUUAGAUAAUGUAAUUAUACCACCUAGUCGAGACUGAUAUAAGCCAUAUAUUAGUAUUGAUUGUAAACAGAUUUAUACAUUAUUAUUAAACAAUCGUCGAGCAUGUAAUACUCAGUACGGAUUAUUCAAAAUUAUGCCCAUUUUCGUUGUAAAAAAAAAAACAACCUUUUCAACCAACGAUUUAUUUAUUUUAUUUAUUAUUCAAAUAAGUUACACAGCAUAACAGUAAAACCAAACCACUGUGAAACUAAAAAAUAAAAACAAUAGG